AUGACUGAGGCAAAAUGUUCUUCAUUUAAUACAUCAGCUGCUUCAGACAUGGACAUCGAUUCACAUGACCAAAAAGAUGUUUCAAAACUGUUUACUAUUUUACGAGCCAAACUCAAUACCAAAGAGAAAGAAUUACUUGAACUGCAACGAGUCGAACCAUGUUUAAUAGCACCUGAUUCUGCACAGAUUGAAUCAUUGCUCAAUGCAAUAUCUUCUCUCCAUCUAUCAACGCAAGAAGGCUCAUUUAUUUUUGCUUCUAAUUCUGUAUCUGAUAAUUUUUCUUCGACAAGUGUAUGUCCAACUGGCGUUGACUCGAUUAAAAUCUUACCGUGCACUGCUUGGUUACCUGCAUCUGUGGACAUGAAACAGAAAGAAGACCAAACAAAUCAACAUCGUUUACCUAUGGUGGCUCAUAUUUUUUCAUUACCUGCUAAUGCAUUUGUUGCUUCAUCAUCGAAUUGUUCAAUAUUACCAUCGGUAGAAACAAAAGUUCAAACAAAAGAUGAGCCAACAAAUCGUCUUCCGAUGGUUAGCCAAUUGUUUUCAAUGCCAAUAAAUGCUUUCAGAUCAUCAUCAUCCACUAUUGAGCCAAUGAGUGAAUCUGCAAUUGUCCAAAUUGAUGAUACUAAAAAAAUAAUAAACAAUGAUAAUGAAGCAUUAUCCAGAACAGAUUUACCAAAGAGUAUUCUUACCACUGAAACGACCUAUUCAAAAGAAUAUUGGCUUAAAAAAACAUCCUCAGAAUCUGAAUCAGUUCCUUUAGAUUUAGAUUCAUACAUUGAACAAACGACUGCAAAAAUGCGUCGUCUUCAUAUGGAAUAUGUGGAGGCACUUGAAAAAUUGAAAACAUCAACAAAUCCGGUAGAUUCUAGAAAAGCACUAGAAUCCAUUUAUCCCCAAACGUUUGAUCGUAUGAAACCAGAUACAUCAACAAAGAACCUACCUCAUCUUUCUCCUUCGAAUAAAUAG